AUGGCGGUGCAGGUCAUCGUAGAAGGCAGCAGCAGCUCGCCUCAGCAAUGGCAGCUCACGGUCGUCAUGGCGGUUCUCGUCCCUCUGCUCUUGCUCCUCCUUGCAAGAAAAAGAAGAGCAGGAAAGAGCUGGAGCAGCAAGAAAGGGCGGCGCGUCCUCCUCCACCUGCCGCCGGGCCCGUCGAGGCUGCCGAUCCUGGGCAACCUGCACCAGCUGGGCGCGCUGCCGCACUAG